AUGCAACCAUUAUCUACAACUAGUAAUACAUAUCCUGAUUGUUAUUUACAAAUACGUCGUGGUAAACAAACGUUAUUUACUGAUGUUGCUGAAACACUUACCAUAGGUGAUUUAAAACGAAUUAUUGCACAUAUUCUUAAAUUAAAUCCUGAAAUGAUACGUUUAACAGCUAAAGGACAAGUACUUGAUAAUGAUACAAAACGUUUACUUGAAUAUGGUAUAACAGCAAAAGAAGCUCGUCCACAAGCACCAUAUCAAUUAGAAUUUCUUCUUCAAUUAGAAGAUGGAACAUUCGAAACGGAAGAAGUUGUUCCAUACACGGCAGAAAAUAAUUCCAGAUCCGAUGAACAACAACAAAUGGGAACGCCAAUAGAUUCAAAAUGA